CUGAACUCCAUACUCUUUGCAAUUAACAUUGACAACAAGGAUUUGAAUGGGCAGAGCAAAUUUGCUCCCACUGUCUCUGACCUCUUAAAGGAGUCAACACAGAAUGUGACGUCUUUGCUGAAGGAGUCCACGCAGGGCAUGAGCAGCCUUCUCAGGGAGAUCACAGCAUCGUCUGCUGUCUCUAUUCUCAUCAAGCCGGAGCAGGAGACUGACCCUCUGCCUGUCAUCUCCAAGAACGUCAAUGUUGCUUUUCCUUUGUCAGAUGCCAGAUCUAAGAGGGAGAGGAGGAGGAGGAAGAAGGUGACCAACAUUGUCUCUUUUGAUGAUGAUGAUGAGGAGCAGAGCAUUGGGAACACUUUAAAAAAGAUGCCUGGAACUACAGAAAGCUCGGAGGAGAACUCCGACCGCUCCUCCAUCAAUGUCACGUCAACCUUUGAAAGCCCCUUUGGGCCAAACUCCAAUGGGAGCCAGAGCAGCAGUUCCUGGAAAAUGGAUGCUGCGUCUUUGAAUGGGGAGCUGGGCUUCCAGAAGCUUGAUGUGAAAAGCAUCGAUGAUGAUGUGGAUGAAAAUGAGGAGGAUGUGUGCAGGAACCCAGCAGGAAGGAGGCACACAGGCCACUCUGAGUCGCCAGACAAACCACUGGAUGGGAAUGCCUGCCUCCCCCAGGUGCAUGGCUGGGCCCCACUGCAUGUGCUCCAUGGAGAUGCUGAUGCUGACACUGACGUCCUCUUCCCUGUCAGUGGAGUGGGCUCCUAUGUUGCAACAGAUGCCCCUGUGGGAAGCCUGGAGAAUGGGGCAGGACCAGAGGACCAUCUACUCCCAGAGUCCGGCCUUCGGUACAGUGUGGAAGCCAGUUCUCCAGGCCGAGGAAGCCCUCUGAGUAGCCUGUUACCAUCUGCCUCAAUGCCCGAGUCCAUGACAGUUCAUGAACUACGCCAAGCCAUCGUGGCCAUGAUGAACAGAAAAGAUGAACUGGAAGAAGAGAACGGGUCACUGCGGAGUCUCCUUGAUGGCGAGAUGGAGCACUCGGCUGCACUCCGGCAAGAGGUGGAUGCCCUGAAGAGGAGGGUGGCAGAGCAGCAGGAGCGCCAUACCACAAAGGUCCAGGCGCUGGCAAGAGAAAACGAGGUGCUCAAAGUCCAGCUGAAGAAAUAUGUAGGAGCUGUCCAGAUGCUGAAAAGAGAAGGUCAAACAGCAGAAGUUGUACCCAGUCUUUGGAAUGUUGAUGGAGAAGUUACAGUCCCUGAACAGAAGCCUGGGGAAGUUGCUGAGGAACUAGCAAGCUCCUAUGAGAGGAAGCUCAUUGAGGUGGCUGAGAUGCAUGGGGAGCUGAUUGAGUUCAACGAGCGUCUACACCGGGCCCUGGUGGCCAAAGAAGCCCUGGUGUCCCAGAUGAGGCAAGAGCUGAUCGACCUCCGAGGUCCUGUGCCUGGAGAUUUGAGCCAAACAUCUGAAGACCAGAGUUUGUCAGAUUUUGAAAUAUCUAAUCGGGCGCUGAUCAAUGUUUGGAUCCCGUCUGUGUUUCUCCGAGGCAAAGCAGCCAAUGCAUUUCAUGUGUAUCAGAUCUACAUCCGGAUAAAGGACGACGAGUGGAACGUGUACCGGCGGUACACAGAGUUCCGGGCAUUGCAUCACCAGCUGCAGAGCACGUUCCCGCAAGUGAGGGCCUACAGCUUCCCGCCCAAAAAGGCCAUCGGAAACAAGGACGCCAAGUUCGUGGAGGAGCGACGAAAGCAGCUCCAGAGUUACCUACGCAGCAUCAUGAACAAGGUCAUCCAGAUGGUGCCUGAGUUUGCUACCAACCCCAAGAAAGAGACCCUGGUGCAGCUGGUGCCCUUCUUUGUGGAUAUCGCCCCGCCUGGAGAACCACUGAACAAGAACAGCAGGCCCAAAGUAGCUUCCCGCUUCCCUAAGCUGUCCCGAGGCCACCCCAGGGAGAUGCGCAAUGUGGAGCCUCAGAGUGGUGACCUCUGACCUCAGUGGAACCCAGACCCCAGUCACUUUGUGCUCAACCUAGCCAUGGCAGCUGGCCCUGGACACCUUGGCAGGAUGACCAUGUUCCCACAGAGAACAUGCUCUUCUUGCUGCCACCCAAUUAAACUGGGCAGUUUUAGCUGCUGGCUCCCUGUCCUUAGAGCAAAAGAUGGGGAUACUGUUACUAUACCCCCCAGGGUGCCAAGGAUGGUUGUCACCUCCUCCAGUUCUGCCAGCAGGUCGGUGGGUGCCAGGACCCCUGGUUGAGAUGCAUGGCACAUGGGCAGAAGGAUCCUUCAGAUGCCACUUAUGACGUGUUCCCGCCUGGGAACUAGAAUGACUGUUACGCUCUUGGAUUUCCUCUUGAUGCAACUGCCUGCUGCAGCCUGUGGAUGGGACUCCUCCUCCCUGUUCCUCUGUCCGCCACGGUGAUUAGACACCAACAGCACUGCCCCAUGGCUGGUAUGGAUGGGAUCUCUCCAGGAAUAGUCCUCUAGUUGCCUAACAGAGGCAUUGGUGGUGACUUUGGUCUUUGAAGAACUUCUUCUCUCCUUGUGCUGGCUCCAGGAAGCACUGUCCAUGCAAGACACCUAAGGCUGCUCCUGCAAGGGCAGCUAGGUGGACCUGAGGGGUUUCACCAUCCAGUCCAGCCAUGGGCAGCCUGGAGACCCUGAGGAGGACAUCCCUGGCCCUAGAUUGGUGGUUGUGACCUCAGGUCCCCGGAGAUUUGGCUCUGGGCAUUACUGUGGAAAGCCAGCAAGCACGACAGUGUCUCAGACCCACUGCCAGAACAGAGCGGAGAAUGAUUGUCCUCUGAGGUUGUUUAGCACACUCUGUCCCCUAAUGUGUCUCAGUGGGAGCAGAAUACUGUGUCCCCCAAGGUGACGUUCUUCUAUUGCUCUCAUCUCAGGGCACCGUCCUAGAGGCCAAGGCUCUCAGGCAUGGAGUAGAAUAAGAACCAGCUGCUUGGCAACUCUGCCUUCCUCUGCCCCCAAGCUCCGGGUCUGUCUGCUUCUCAGGACCCACUGUCUCCCUAGCGCAAAACCUCCUUGGUGUCUUGGGACAGCUUGGAAAAAAAGCUUACAAAAGGAACCAUGUACCAAGCAAUAUGUGCGUCCCUUCCUGCCAAGGAGUUCCCAGUGGCAUCUGCCUGGGGGGGGGGGGCGACAGCAGAAAGCAGCCCGAAUGUGGUCCUAGAAGGGCUUCAGCUCAAAGCUAGACCUUGGCAAGGGGUCUGAGGAAGUAGGGGCUUUCUAGCCCAAGGAAAGCUUAGUGAAAGUCCCCUAGAGGCAAGAGGGAACUUCAGAGUACAGGGAGACAGAUAGACCUAAACAGCUCCAAUUCUGAAGGGCACCUUGGGCCAGGUGGGCUGUGCCCAAAAGAGGCAGAACAUACCUUUCCUCCCUCAUGACUGGGAGUAGGAGUUGUGGGAAGCAGGGAAACCAUCUUCAGCUUGCUGGGAGUGGAGGACCCAAGAGAUUCUCAGCCCUAAAAAGAACGUGGUUCUUCUCUUGUCUGCCUAAGAGACCAGACUCCACACAAACACCACACCCAGAAUGUAGGGCGGGCAGAUGGACCCAGCGGCCAAAAAAAGACUCUGUGAGACUCUAGUUAGCCCUAAGCCCACCUGAGCUUGGAGACUCAGAUGGACACUUGGUAUUCUGUCAUGUUCUGUAAAGAGAGGAUCCUGAUACCUCCCACAUCUCCACAGCCUAUAGUUCGAGCAGCAGACCUGGCCCCAACACGUCACUAAGAGUCUGUUCUCUCAGUGCAGACACAGAUGGCAUACAGAACUGUCUUUCACAUUCAGCACCUGCAGUUAAAGCAGAGGGAGGGAAGGAGGGAGGGAAAAAGAAAGGAAGGAAGGAAGGAAGGAAGGAAGGAAGGAAGGAAGAAAGAAAGAAAGAAA